AUGGCGGCCGACGGUGGAGCAGCUGGGGUACAGCUGCUGGAUUCACGUGGAGUCGGCAAGGUGCCGGCGUUUUCGGGCAAGAGGGAGGACUUCGAGGAUUGGGUCUUCCCGUUCGAGUCCUUCUGCGGUCUGCUGGGCUGGACGGCGGGCCUGGACAGGUCGCGAGAGGCUGAGGAGCCGCUGACGGCGGACGACCUCGGCGAGCAAGGGGUGCAGGUCGGCAGGAGCUUGUGCCACCUGCUGGCGAGCACCACGAAGGGCACGGCGCAGAGCAUCGUCAAGCUCUGCCCACGAGGCGAUGGUUUCGAGGCGAUGCGGAGGCUGUACAAGGAGUACCGCCCGCGGCUGAACGAGGAUCACGGCCAGAUGCUCCAGCAGAUCUCGACGCCGCUGUGGUGGAGGGAUCGCGAAGGCAAGGAGCGCUUCACUGAGGUGCUCAUCGCCUGGGACGAGCUGAUCUCGAGGUAUGAGCGCGCGACUGGAGAGCAGGUCGCGCAAAACAUGAAGACGAGCACGAUCAUGGCCCACGCGCCCGAGGAGGUGAAGGUGCGCAGCGACAUCACGCAGAUGAGAAACUGCAUCUUCGAGGCGGUGAUCGGCCAGAGUGUUGUGGUCGCAAAGCCGCCGACAGCGAGCAGGGGGAGCAAUGACAUGGACGUCGACGCGAUCUCCAAGGGCAAGGGCAAGGACGGCAAGGACAAGUGCCAGAUCUGCCACGAGCCGAGCCACGCGGCCCGCGACUGCUUCUGGCGCGACAAGGGCAAGCAGAAGGGCGACGGAAAAGGUCGAGGAGCAGGAGCGGGAUCUAAGGGCGGAAAGGACGCCAAGGGCAAAGGCAAGGAUGGCUACACGUUCACGGGAAAGUGCGACUAUUGCCACAAGACAGGCCACAAGAAGGCGGACUGCCAGAAGCGGAUCGCCGAUGAGAAGGCAAAGGGUAAUGCAGCUAUCGAGCAGGAGAGCACGGACCCGAAGACGGUGACCAAGAUAGAGUACGCGGAGUACGAGUGCGAGAUCUGCGACGACGACCAGCUCUACUGCAUGGCGAUGAAGGCGGAGGAUCCUGAGACGGAGUGCUGCGGCAUGGAGCUCGAGGGGGCGACCUUCACCACGCUGGACACGGCGAGCGACUGCCACGUGGGGCCGGUUGCUUCGGAGAAGGAGACCAAGAUGGACUCCAUUGCGACGGUGCCGAUGGCGGUUGCUGACGACUGCGAGCAGCCGAAGCUGCUGAAGGCGGACUUCAGGCUGGGUGAUACGGUAUCGAAGCCGAUCCUCUGGUUGCUGGAGGUGAUGGACAAGGGUGCCGAGUUCUGGCUGAGCGCGAAGACGGGCAUGUGCAUGUACCCUGGCGGUGACCUCAGCAAGGGCAUCCCGCUCACCAGGAAGAACAACACGCUGGGCUUCAACGCAAAGACCUUCAAGACAGCGACGGAGGCGAAGGAGUUUGCGGCCAGCGUGAACGCGAAUGAGCAGCAGGACACGCGGGCGAGGCUCAAGGAGAUGGGCCAGCCGAUCUACGGCAGGAAGGACGAGCUGUGGGCUAGGCUCAGCGACGCGGAGCGGAGGCUCACGGCGCACCACAUGAAGAUGAAGGAGCUGGAGCGCAGGCACGAGGAGUCCGUUCAGGGAGGGCCCUCGAUAACACCACGAGAAGUAGCAGGGCCAGCAGCGCCCACGGAUGCAGAACGAGCAGCUCAUGAACUGCUCCACCUCACGAGGGCGCCGCGGUGCGAAGCCUGCGCGCGAGGGAACGAGACGACCAAGCCGCGCAAGACCCUCACAUUCGACCAGAAGGACACUGGGGAAGCGCAGAUCACCCUGGACUUCUGCCACCUCAAGACCAACGGCGACUGGACGGAGACCGGAGAGGUGGAGCCGCCAGUGGCGGACAUCUUCGCGACGACGCUCGUGAUGGCGGACAGGGACACGCUGAUGUUCAACGCAAUUUCGAUGCCCACCAAGGCGGUCACGGACAACGCAAUAGCCAGCGUGAGCAGCUUGAUCGAGGGCAUGCAUCUCACGACGGCGGACAUCAAGACGGAUGGCGAGCCCGCGAUCGUGAACUUGGUGGAGGAGGUUCGGAAGAAGCUGAACAAGAGCAUCAAGCUGGAGGAGAAGCGUGGGAACCUGAAGGACAGCCAGAGCAUGGGCGCGAUCGAGGCUCCGAUCAGAUGGUUUCAGGCGAAGGUGAGGACGUACAAAUUCGAAUUGGAGAAGCGCUAUGGCAUGAAGAUCACAGCGGACGCACCGAUUUGGCGCUGGCUUACGCGAUACGUUAGCUGGGCUACCUCUACGUACAGACCACGAGCCGAUGGGAGGACAUCCCAUCAGGCAGCCUACGGAGUGACCUACAACGGAGAGAUCCCUCCCUUUGGCGAGACGGCUCUCUUCAAGACCCCGAUCUCCCACACGAGGCAGAUCGCGACCACGUCUCUGAAGCGCCAGGGCGAGUCGAGUUUCGCGAAGGGCAUCUGGAUCGGGAAGCACAAAGAGAGCGACGACCACUCGUUCUUGACGCCAGCAGGCUGGCACCGCGCGAGAACACGCAGGCGGCUGGAGCCAGCGUUGCGAGCAGACGACAAGCUGAUGAAGGCAGUGAAGGCCCUACCCUGGGGCGCGAGGAGCGCCAAGCCGUGCGAGCUACUGCCCGGGAUUCAGAGGCCGAUGCCCACGAUCGUUCUGACGGCGGCGGAGCAGAAGGCGAAGACUGAGGCGCAGGAGGCGGCGCGAGAGGCGACGCCACCCCAGGGGGCGCCCGAGCAGGGGGCGCGGCCGGCUGCAGCAGCGAGCGCGGAGCCAUCGCUAGCACCUGCGGGACCUGGAGUUGGAGCGGCAGCGGCGGCAAGGCCAGAGGGGAAGAGCACGACGGACGCGGACGCGCCGAUGACACCCCGAGGGCUGAUCAGACCUGCCGAUGCUGAGGACUUCGGCGCACCAGGCAAGCGCGCGAAGCACGUGGACGCAAUCUCGCUCGACGACCCUAUCGAUUGCAGCAUCCUGGACAGGAUGGGCACAGACUGCUACGUGACGGUCAGCGGACUGGAGCCCGCGGUGGAACUCAAGGGCAAGCGCGAAGCACUAGAGGUGCUGGCGCACUAUGGCGUGCACAGGGACAUCCCGAGGAGCGAGAGCGGCGAGUUCAAGAAGAUCAGGGCGCGCUGGGAGCCGCAGAUGCGAGGAGGUAUCUGCAAGUGGCGGUAUGUGGCGCAGGAGUUCAAGUGGAUGGAGCAGCGCGACGACGUGUUCGCAGCGAGUUCGUCAGCACAGACGAGCAGGCUGGUGGACUUCGUCAGCAACAAGGUGGAGAACCACGGGGCCUUCAUCGCAGACUGCGUGAAGGCGUACUACCAAGCGGACCAGACGGAGAAAGUUUGCGUGGAGCCACCUGCUGAGUAUCUGUCGAUCUUGGCGGAGAUGGGCAAGCCGACCGACAUUGUUUGGGCGCUAGACAAGAUGCUACCUGGGCAGCGUGUGGCAGGCGCUGGCUGGGUAGACAAGGCGGCGAAGACUCUGAAGGGAGAGGGCUUCGACAGGAGUGAGUGUCAGCCGCAGUUCUACUACCGCAGGGAGAAGGAGAUCCUGAUCGAGGUGCGCAUGGACGACUUCCACGGAGAGGGUCCAAUCGGCAACCUGGACGGGGUCAUCAAACGGCUGCGGGAGGUGUUCGACCUGAAGGCGACGGACGUCAUCAGGCAGGGACGCUACUCGCACUUGAAGCGCGACAGGCUGAGGCUCAUGAACGGCAACAUCAUGCUGAGGCCGAACGUGAAGCACAUCGACGACCUGAUUUACGUGAUGGGCAUGGAGAAGGCCAAGCCAGCGAAGGUGCCAAGCUUGACUGAGGAGGACCCGACAUGGAGCCCCGACUUGGACGAGAUCGAGAGGGCGAAGUUUCGCACAGGAGUUGGGAUCGCGCUCUACAUCUCGCCCGACAGAGCGGACAUCCAGCGGGGCGUGCAGCUGCUGACCAGGAACCUGAGUCAGCCGACGGAGUUUGACAGGAAGCGUUUGGUGAAGCUGGUGCGGUACUUGAAGGGGACAAAGACGUUCGGAGUACUUUUGGAGAAGCCAACUGGGAGCAAGCCUGGAGAGGUGAAGCUGCAGUUGUUCACGGACACGGACUUUGCGACGUGCAAGGAGACGAGGCGUGCGAUGACCUGUGGGAUCACAAAGCUGGACGGGGUGCACUUCGCAGCGUUUGCGAGGAGGCAAGGAGUUCAGAGUACAUCCUCAGGCGAGGCGGAGUUCUACGGCGCGACCUCGGUGGUGAUGGACGGCAAGUUGGUGAAGAACAUGCUGGAGUGGUUGGGCUAUAAGGUGACCUGGGAGCUCGGGAUCGACAGCAGCGCCGCGAAGGCGAUGGUCAACCGCGAGGGCGUCGGCAAGGUGAAGCACCUGGACGUUCGGGCGUUGUGGAUCCAGCAGGAGCGGAAGGUCCACGGACUGAACAUCAAGAAGGAGAGCGGAACUAAGAACGUGGCCGACCUGGGAACCAAAGCGCACACCACAGAGCGGUUCGAGUACCUGCGAGAGCUCGCUGGCAUCAUCGACUGGAGCGAGAUGGAUAAGCACAAGGAGUUGGAGGCAUGCUCGGUGACAACGAGCGCCUGGGCUAAGCAGGGGUUGCUGGCGACACUACUCGCGCAAGGAGUGAUCGGUGGUGCGACGACAUCAAGCGAUUGUGCAGUGCGAGAGCUCGACCAGCGUGCAGUUGCCCCCUGGGAGGCGACAAAGCUGCAGGACUGGACCGAUGACCAUAUGACACUGAUCAUCCUGAGCGUGCUGAUGAUGACGUUCGUGGCAGGUGCACUGCUCGGGUGUUGGAGCCGCGAGAAGUGGACGACGAUGAAGAGCUCCACGAAGCUAAAUCUGGUCAAGCAUACGAAUACCCCGAAUCGGAGCAAGGAGCUGAUCAACAAGGUAAGGUUCACGGACAAGCCGAUGACGGAGGAAAAGGCGAGUCAAUCGCCGUGCACAUACAAGUGGAAGUACGCGACGCCGAGGUUCAUGGUGCUGCCCGAGGCGAGCCACAGGUGA